AUGUUUAGUUAUUCGUCAGCACUCUCCAGGAGCACAAGCGUCCGGGGGCGUCUGCUUUGCAAAAUGUGGCCAUUUGUUUGUGCAAUUUUGGCGCUCAUAGGAGCGUACUGCUCGAUCUGCUGGUUGUACGAAAAUCUCCGCACACCCGUUUCGCUGGUUCUGCACGGCAUCGCGCAGCUCCUUUUGCCCCAGAAACCGUUUUCUGAAAAAUAUGGAGAAUGGGCAGUGAUCACCGGAGCCUCGGAUGGCAUCGGAAAGGGUUACGCUGAAUAUCUGGCCGGUAGGCGCAUGAACAUUGUGCUGGUUGCCCGCAACGAGAAUAAGCUGAACCGGGUGGCCGAAGAAAUCCAGCGCAAGUACUCCGUGCGCACGAAGGUGGUAGUGGCGGACUUUGCCAACGGUGAGGCCGUUUACGAGCAUCUGGCCCGCGACUUGCUUCCACUGGACGUGGGCAUACUGGUGAACAACGUGGGCCUUUCCUAUGACCGGGGCAUGUGUAUGGAGGAGUUGCCGAAGAAGCUGGUAUGGGAUCUACUCACCGUCAAUGUGGCCUCGGUGACCAUGCUCUGCCAUCUGUUGGUGCCGGCGAUGAAGCAACGUGGCCGCGGGUUGAUCAUCAACAUUUCAUCCCUUUCGGCUGCCGCUCCCGCCCCCUACCUGUCCGUGUAUGCGGCCGCCAAGGUGUACGUGCGGAACUUUUCCAUGGCACUGCGCGAAGAGCUGCGACCGCAUCGGGUCGAGGUGCAGACCGUGCUGCCCGGCUUUGUACGUACGAACAUGACCGCGUUCGUGGCCAGCGAGUACGACGGGAAGGCCGCCUCGAAGCAGCUCGUGCGGGUGGACGAUUACGUGCGGUACGCAGGAUUCACGAUUGGGAAGACGGAUCGCACGUGCGGUUACUGGUGGCACGGGCUGCAGUAUGCCGGGCUGAAGCUUGUGCCGGAAUUUGUGCGCGUGUUUGUGCUGCAGACGAUUUACAGCCAUUUGAGAGGUGCCAAAAAGAACGUUUAA